AUGUCUUUCUAUAAAGUACCAAAUCCAAAAGAAGAUGCUAGAGCAGUGUUCGAAAUUCUGAAGCGGGGUGGUAUUGCGAUUCUCCCUAUGAACGUUGGCUACGGAAUCACUGCGAUCGAUCCAGACGCACUGGACAGGAUCUUUCUCACGAAACAGCGGCAACCACACAAGCGACAUGCAAUGGUUGGCAGCUACUUCCUGCAUCGAGACAUUCAUAUUCUUCCCCCAAAGGAAGCGGGUAUGGUCAAACUCUUGACGGUGGACCUGGACUUUCCUCUAGGGAUCGUCGCGCCAUAUCGCCCUGAUCAUCCAAUUAUACAAAAGCUUCGACGCAGAAUAUUAGCACAGAGCGUCGUUGAGGACACUCUAGCAAUGUUGGUCAACGGAGGUGCUUUGCUAGAAGAAUUAUCUCGACUCGCUGCCCUAGAACAACUUCCUUUAAUGGGGUCUUCGGCCAAUAUCACCGGCAAGGGGGCAAAGACUGUGGUCGAGGAUAUCGAGCCAGAGAUCCUCGAAGUGGCGGAUAUAGUUAUUGACUAUGGGAGACAAAAAUUCCACCAUCCUCGAGUCUCUUCAACCAUGAUUGAUUUCAGAACAAUAAAGGUUGUGCGAUACGGGGCUUGUUACGACGUGGUGCAGGAUGCUCUCCGGCGCUUUUAUGGAAUCGAAUUGCCAGAUGAUCCUGGAACAUCGACUCUUUAG